GAGGGAGGGUGCGCUUGAGAGGGAGUGCUGUCGACAGACGGAGAAGGCUUGUGGUUACGCACAGUGAUUGGGCACAUUUGCUUUUAGGUUGCGGUUUACAAUCUCAGAACCAAGGAAGUUUCUGCUGUCGAUUGAUAACGCACGGUAUCAAAGGAGUCUGAUAAUCUUUUUAAGUCUAACAAAAUUGUUCAAGAGAAAUAAUCGUUGAAAGGCACUCACGUAUAGAAAGGAGUCAAAAGCAAACCUCUCAGAGACAAGAAAGCCUGCAUGUUAAUUUUCUGCCUUCUUUGAAAAAAGUCUUUACUCAGCACUAUGGAUUUUGUGAUGAAGCAAGCUUUAGGGGGAGCUACAAAAGACAUGGGAAAAAUGCUUGGCGGUGAGGAGGAGAAGGAUCCAGACGCACAGAAGAAAGAAGAGGAAAGGCAAGAAGCAUUAAGACAGCAAGAGGAAGAAAGGAAGGCUAAACAUGCUCGCAUGGAGGCAGAGAGGGAGAAAGUACGGCAACAGAUCAGGGACAAGUAUGGGCUUAAGAAAAAGGAAGAGAAAGAAGCAGAGGAGAAAGCAGCAAUGGAACAACCUUGUGAAGGCUCAUUGACACGUCCCAAGAAGGCUAUUCCAGCAGGGUGUGGAGAUGAUGAUGAGGAGGAGGAAGAAAGUAUCCUUGACACAGUGCUUAAGUUUCUUCCUGGACCACUUCAGGAUAUGUUUAAGAAGUAAUGGGAAAUACGGGGUUGGGGAGGGUAAACUAACCAGCCACAGUGCAAAAUAUAUUUUAUUUUGGAUUUUUAUCCCCUCAUUUUUCUUAUUUAUCUGAAGUUCAUAAUUCUUAAGGAAAAAAAAACAACAAAUCAAGACAAUGAAAACACAUUAUUUCUUUCUUUAUUGAACCUUAGCAACUGACAGAUUUCAUGAUGUCUGAAUAUAGACCCCGUUAUGAUUGAUAAACUGCUUUUUCAAAGUGUUAAUGAGAUGAGACUGUUUUGCAAAUUGUUUUUCUGUUUUAGGGCAUUUUCAUAAAAGGCAAAGGUUUUCCACACACACAAAGCAAGCAGAUAAUAUCUUACAUCUGACUUAUGGUUAUUUAAUUCAUAAGCCUGACAAAUUCCUGCUACUUCUUGUUGUUAUCAUUUAUAUCUUUAUAAGGCUAAAUUAGAAAAGAAUGAAAAUGAAGGAUAAAAGCAAACAGGUCUUUAGUUUAAUGAAUAAGCUCGAGCUAAGUGAGGUAUGUGCCUUCAUAUGUUUCCUACCUUAGGGAAGGGGUGCUUAUAAACUAACCAUUGACUUCUUUAACACUUAAACAUCUCAACAUAAUAAUAUGGUCUGUUUAUGUGUGGCAGUUAAAAGGUUUAAAAUGAAAGUUUUGUUUUGCCUUUUUAUUACACUGAUGUCUUUCGUUUCCACAGAAAAAUAGUUUUAAACAUUUGCAUUGUGUUUUUGUGGAGAGCCUUUGUUUGCUAAAACAUAUAUAAAUUUCCUUUAUAUGACAGUAAAAUAUAAGAACAUGUAAGGAAACAUUUGUUUUUAAAAUGACAUAUUAUUUCAGUGCCUCCUCGAAUAGAAAAGACCACAAAGAGGGCACAAAAGCUGUUUUCACUAUGAUGCUUUUCAUUACAUCCUCACUUCUUAAAAUUAACAGCAGUAUUAUUGGUUUCUUUACCUUAAAUGUUUAGUGCUAAAGUGAAGUUUCAACAUUUUUUAAAAAUAUUUUCCAGUUUAUGUUUUUAAGCAAAUAUAAGUUUACUUUGCACACCAAGCGUAAAUACGGAACUGUCAUCAUAAAUCGACUACUAUCAUUUGGUUUGGCGCUAAUCCUAAAACUUGUUUUGGGGCAAUGCAGAAAUGAUUCAUAUUAGUCUAUUUUUAUCUCAAACUAAAGUUUAUAGAUAUGCCAACCAGGCAGUUAUUGAAUCAUUAAAGGGUAUGGUCAUAAUAACAUUAAUUGCAUAUAAAGUACUACAUUGCUUUCACAUGAAGAAUGCCAUUGUAAAAUGUUAAAAAUCUAUUUUAGUUAUUUGAGAAGAAUUACCUUUUUUGUUGUGAUGAAAUGCAAUGGAAAUUACUGACAAUGUAAAGGUGUACAAAUGUAUUAAAUCAAUAUUGAAAUAUUCCAAAAAUAAAAGAAUAAAUUAAACAAUUCACAAAAGGUAAAUAAAAUGUAAAAACUUAAGAAAUACAUAGCAAAGAAUGUCACAAAGACACCAUCAAGAAAUUCCUCAAAAAAGCAGGAAGCCCUGUCAACUCUCAUAAUACAACCCACUUCCUUUAAACCUCAAGCACUGCUUUCAUCUGCUGCCAGAUUAACUGUGUGUAAGCUGACAGAGUGCAUAUGCAAGCCUUACAGCAGCCAGGAUCCCAAAGUAUUUUAGUAAUGCAGAAGAACAAGUGGCCUCAUUGUACUGUAUAUUAAUACACAAUAAAUGAAUAAUUACUAAAUCAAAGUAAAAUGAAAUUAAUCAAAUGAAACACUCCACUAACACCACCAACAGUAAAACGUCACACUGCCAUGUUGGACAUUUUCGAAGGUAAUGAUUGGCUAGCAAUAUAGAUUGCAGUAUGUUUUUAAAAGGAAUUGAGUUUUAUCACAUCCUAAAAUAAAAGUGAUCUUCAUACGCAAGAAGUUGUAAAAAUUAAAUUAAAUUAAAAAUUUUCAUUUGUAUUUUAAAAACAUUUUUGUAUGCCAAUGGCAAAACUUAUUUGAGCAAUUAUAAUAUUAUUUUUUAGAAUUACGUGUACAGUAAAAAGAGGCAUUUUUGCUAUACAGUUCAUGACAGUAUGUCGAUAUAUGAUGUCAGUUCUUCCUUAAGUGAUUAUGUUAUGAAAUGUAUACAUAGUAUGCUGCAUAUUUCUGUGUAUAUUACUUGACUGAUAAAUGUCACUGAAUAAUUCAGGCAGCUUUUUACAACGGGGAUCCUGCCACACAUGGUAAACUAAGUGAUUUACUGCUCAUAGGAAGUGUCAAACUUGACAAACUAAAUGAUUUACUGUUCACAGGAAGUGUCAAUUUUUUAAGAAAGUUGCAAAACACACGUCACACACACAAGGACAUUUUUAGAGUUAAAAUAUAGCAACAUAGGCCUUCACACACAGAAAGAUCUCUGUAUCACACACAUCCACCUUUAAAUGUUUAUUUAUAUAUAGUAUGCAUUGGUUAGUUUUAUAAAAGAGAACGACAUUGAGUAGGUUUAAUAGUUUUAUUGUGAAAUUCAGAUGUUAUCUUAGAUUUGAAACAGAAGUGACCAACAAAAUGAUGCAGGCUUAGACACUGAUAAUGAUGAAAUGUAAGACGUUCAUUAACAUACAUUUCUGUUCCAUAAAAAAAUGGUGUCAUACCCUUUAGUGUCAAUGUUUACAUGCAGUCGUUUUCUUUAAAAUAAUUUUUAAAAAAAGUUUAAAAAUAAACCUGAUGACUUUAUACAAUGUAUUU